GCUCUCUCUCCGGUGUGACUCCUUCUCUCCGUCGCCUCCACUCUCGCCAUGUUGUCGGGUUAAAUCUGUCGCCACACUUUCUUCACUUUUCAUCGUAGAAUAAGUUUCCCAACCCGACCCAACAUGUCCAGUGUGUCCUACCACAUCUCCAACCUGCUGGAGAAGAUGACGUCAACUGACAAAGACUUCAGGUUCAUGGCCACUAACGACCUGAUGCUGGAGCUGCAGAAGGACAGCAUUAAGCUGGACGAGGACAGUGAGAGGAAGGUGGUGACCAUGCUGCUCAAACUGCUGGAGGACAAGAACGGGGAGGUGCAGAACCUGGCCGUCAAAUGUCUGGCUCCUCUGGUGAGUAAGGUGAAGGAGCCUCAGGUAGAGAUGAUGGUGGACACGCUGUGUUCAAACAUGAUGUCAGACAAAGAGCCGCUGAGAGACAUUUCCAGCAUGGGACUGAAGACGGUGAUUGCUGAGCUGCCGCUGUCUUCAUCAGGUUUGACGCUGACAGUCAGUGUGUGUAAGAAGAUUACCUCCCAGCUGAUCGGUGCCAUGGGGAAACAGGAAGACGUGUCCGUUCAGCUGGAGGCUCUGGACAUCCUGUCGGACAUGUUAGGAAGGCUGAGUGGUGCUCUGGUCAGUUUCCACAGCUCUCUGCUCUCCAGUCUGCUGCCUCAGUUAACCAGCCCCAGGAUGGCGGUCAGGAAGCGCUCCAUCUUGGCUCUCGGUCACCUGGUGCCCUGCUGUAGCCCCGCCCUCUUCUCCCAGCUAAUUGAACACCUGUUGACGGAGUUGGCCAAGGCCCCGCCCACUUCCAUGACGAGGACGUACAUCCAGUGCCUAGCAACCAUCAGCCGUCAGGGCGGCCAUCGAGUCGGUGAGCAUUUAGAGAAGCUGAUCCCGAUGGUGGUGAAGUUCACCGCUGUGGAGGACGACGAGCUGAGAGAGUUUUGUUUCCAGGCCUUUGAAGCCUUCAUACGCAGGUGUCCAAAGGAGAUGUCCCCUCAUAUUGCCACAGUAACACAGCUUUGUCUGAAGUUCAUGACCUUUGACCCUAACUACAACUAUGAUAACGAGCAAGAGGAGCAAGAGGACAGCAUGGACAUAGAGGACGGGCUGGAUGAAGAAUCAGACGACGAGUACAGCGACGAUGACGAUAUGAGCUGGAAGGUGCGGCGCUCCUCCAUCAAGUGUCUGGAGGCGUUGCUCACCACGAGGCGGGACCUCAUCCUCUCCUUCUACGCCUCCAUCUGCCCCGCCCUGCUGGCCCGCUUCAAGGAGCGGGAGGAGAACGUCAGGGCCGACGUCUUCGCCGCCUUCUCAACGCUGCUGAGACAAACACGAGCUGGACCGAGUCACCACGGCCUCAUCACAGCCACAUCCGACUCAACUGGGAGCAGGGAAGAGGAGCCAGCCGUCGCCAUGCUGAAGGAACAGGUGCCCCUGAUAGUGAAGACUCUCCACCGACAGCUGAAGGAGAAGAGCAUUAAAUCUCGACAGGGCUGCUUCCUUCUGCUCACUGAACUGGCUCACACUGUACCUGGAGCUCUGGAGCCGCACAUACCUGCACUGAUACCUGGCAUCAUCUUCUCCCUGACAGACAGAUCCACCUCCUCCACCAUGAGGAUCGAUGCUCUCUCCUUCUUCCACGUCCUCCUCCUCUCCCACCCUCCUCAGGCCUUUCAGACACACAUGCAGGUGCUGCUGCCUCCGGUGGUGGCGUGUGUAGAAGACUCUUUCUAUAAGAUCACGUCGGAGGCUCUGCUGGUCGCCCAGCAGCUUGUCAGAGUGAUGAGGCCGCAGGGACAGACCGCCACCGCCGCAGGAUUCGACCCCAAACCGUUUGUCAGAGAGGUGUUUUGUGUAACUCUGAAGAGGCUGAAAGCAACAGACAUCGACCAGGAAGUGAAAGAGAGGGCUAUUUCCUGUAUGGGUCACAUGGUGUGUCACCUUGGCGACCACCUGGGGGCGGAGCUGCAGGGCGUUUUGGUGAUCUUCCUGGAGAGGUUGAAGAAUGAGAUCACAAGGUUGACAGCAGUCAGGAGCAUCACCCUUAUCUCUGCGUCUCCACUAAAGAUCAACCUGUCGUCCAUCCUGCCAGAGACUCUGUCUGUGUUGGGAUCUUUCUUGCGGAAGAACCAGCGUGCUCUGAAGCUCGGCACGCUGGCGUGUCUGACUUCGUUUGUCACACAUCACUCUGCCAGCAUCAAACCUGCAGCGCUGGAGCCUGUUCUGAGCGAGCUGCCUGCUCUGGUGGACGAGAGCGACAUGCACGUAUCACAGGUAUCCGUGACCUUGCUGACCUGCAUGGCCAAAGCCUGCCCCUCGUCUCUGGCUAAGAUCAGCUCCUCCGUGCUGCCGGGAGUCUUCAGACUCGUCCACUCUCCCCUGCUGCAGGGUGGAGCGCUGGCAGCCAUACUGGACUUCCUACAGGCACUGGUGCUGUCCAAAACCAGUAACCUGGGCUACAGUCAGUUGCUGAAGUCUCUCACAGCUCCGUUCCACAGCUCCAAGUCUUCAGACACCACCAUCAUCCACAGACAGUCGUACCAGUCUGUAGCUCGCUGUGUGGCUGCUCUGUCCUCCUCCUGCCCCACAGAGACACCAGCCACUGUGGCCGGACUCCUGCAGGAGGUGAAGAAUCCUGGUUCUCCAGAGUCUACUAGAGUCCUGGCUCUGUUGUGUCUGGGGGAGGUGGGGAGGAGUGGCAGCCUGGGAGGAAGUAAGGAGGUGCAGGGAGUCCUCCUGGAGGCCAUCUCCUCCACCAAUGAGGAGGUGAAGACGGCGGCGUCCUGCGCUCUAGGCAGCAUGGCGGUCGGCAGCCUGAAGGACUACCUGCCCUUCCUGCUGAAGGAGAUCUCCUCCCAGCCGCGGAGACAAUACCUGCUGCUGCACUCCCUCAAAGAGGUCAUCAGUGCCUGUCCAGCCUCCAGUCUGUCGCCCCAUGUGGAGUCCAUCUGGACUCUGCUGUUUCAGAACUGUGAGUGUCAGGAGGAGGGAACCAGGAACCUGGUGGCUGAAUGUCUGGGGAAACUGACCCUGGUCAACGCCGCCCAGCUGUUACCACGACUGAAACAGCAGCUCAGAGCUGGUUCUCCUCUGGCUCGCAGCACGGUGGUGACAGCGAUCAAGUUCACCAUCGUUGACCAACCUGCCCCCAUAGACUCACUGCUGAAAGACUGCAUAGGCGACUUCCUGAAGACCCUGCAGGACGAGGACAUCAACGUGCGCCGCGUCUCUUUGGUGAUGUUUAACUCUGCAGCUCACAACAAGCCCUCUCUGAUCCGUGGUCUCCUAGCAACCGUGCUGCCUCACCUCUACAAGGAGACCCAGAUCAGGAAGGACCUCAUCAGAGAGGUGGAGAUGGGUCCGUUCAAACACACUGUGGAUGACGGUCUGGAUGUGCGUAAAGCGGCGUUCGAGUGUAUGUACACUCUGCUGGACAGCUGCCUGGAGGGGCUGAACGUCCUGCAGUUCCUGGAUCAUGUGGAAGAAGGACUCAAAGAUCACUAUGAUAUCAGGAUGCUGACUUUCCUGAUGCUAGCCAGACUGGCCUCUCUGUGUCCUGCAGCUGUUCUCCAAAGACUGGACCGACUGAUAGAGCCUCUUAAAGCUACGUGCACUACCAAGGUGAAGGCUGGUUCGGUGAAGCAGGAGUUCGAGAAGCAGGAGGAGCUGAGGCGCUCGGCCAUGCGCGCCGUAGCAGCCCUGCUGGCCGUGCCCGAGGUGGAGAGGAGCCCCAGCAUGGCCGACUUCGCCAACCAGAUCAGAACCAACGCCGACAUGGCGUCCAUCUACCAGAGCGUCCAGGGAGGGGAGGGAGGGGGCUUAGGGCCCGCAGAGAGCAUGGAUGUGAGCUAGACGAUGGAUGAUAGAGGAGGACAUGUUUUGUUAUGAUGGUUUUAUAGGUAAAAGCCUUUUUAAAGAAGCUGUUCAAAUGUGUUCAACAAUCACAGCUGUAUUUUGAAAACUGGGUGUUUUAGUAUGAAUUCCCUCGAUAUAUUUAAUAUACACUGUGAACUUAAACGGUUUCUUUUGACCCAUUUUGUGUUCUUCCCAGUCAGAACUGGGUUUAAUGUAGUUCACAUGAAAUAAAGUGGGAGCAACACUGUGA